CCCGUACACGUCACGCGCUCCUGCGUUAGGGUGAAGAUACAAGCAAUGUCACACAGCUCUCCUCAUCAUCACGACCAAUAUUCAUCGAAUCUUGUGUAGAAUUAUUUCUGACAGCACUUGGAAAUAUCAUUAGAGCUACAUCGCACUGAUUGCAGUGUAGAGCACUGAGCUCUUAUAGGCGCAUCGGCUGCUCUCCAAGGUCCUGAACUUCCUCUAACCCAGCUUCACUCAACUACAUGCGAACAGCCAGCUCCUGACACCCGGUUACAGCUCUCUUUACAUCAACGCACAGCAUUCAAUCAUGGAUGAGGGUUACAGAGACCGCACCGCCUUCAUUAAAGGCGCUAAGGACAUUGCCAAAGAAGUCAAAAGGCACGCAGGUAAAAAAGUGGGUCGCCACGUGGACAAAAUGACCGACGAGUACACCAAGCGUUCUUAUGCUCGCUUCGAAGAGGACGACGACGACGAUGACUACCCCGUUCAGGCCCAGGACGGCAGCUAUUACCGCAGCAACAGCAGGGCCAAUGACGACGAAGGUGCUCACAGCGACUCUACAGAAGGCCACGACGAAGAUGAUGAGAUCUACGAGGGCGAGUACCAAGGCAUCCCUAGAAACGACUCUGUUGAAAAGGGCAACAGAGAGGUGGAAGGCGUGGCACAGUCGCAGUUCCGGGACAAGUCGCAGUACGAGGGGGAAAGGAGGAAGGAUCAGGAGGAGUUGGCCCAGCAGUACGAGACCAUCCUUCAGGAGUGCGGUCAUGGUCGUUUCCAGUGGACCCUCUACUUUGUGCUGGGUCUGGCCCUCAUGGCCGAUGGCGUGGAGAUCUUCGUGGUGGGCUUUGUACUGCCCAGUGCUGAGAAAGACAUGUGUUUGUCUGAGCCCAACAAAGGAAUGCUGGGUCUUAUUGUGUAUCUGGGUAUGAUGGUGGGUGCCUUUGUGUGGGGAGGUCUGGCUGACAGAAUCGGACGCAAACAGACUCUUCUUAUCUCUCUCUCCAUCAACAGCGUCUUUGCCUUUUUCUCCUCCUUUGUUCAAGGAUACAGCUCCUUCCUGUUCUGUCGUUUGCUUUCCGGUGUAGGAAUUGGAGGUUCUAUUCCUAUCGUGUUCUCGUAUUAUUCUGAGUUUCUGGCUCAGGAGAAGCGUGGUGAGCACUUGAGCUGGCUCUGCAUGUUUUGGAUGUUUGGAGGCAUCUAUGCUGCUGCCAUGGCCUGGGCCAUCAUCCCUCACUAUGGCUGGAGCUUCCAGAUGGGAUCCGCCUACCAGUUUCACAGCUGGCGAGUGUUUGUGCUGGUGUGUGCUUUUCCAUCUGUCGCCGCUAUCGCUGCCCUGACCACCAUGCCAGAGAGCCCACGCUUUUUCCUGGAGAACGGGAAACACGAUGAAGCCUGGAUGAUUCUGAAGCAGGUCCAUGAUACGAACAUGAGGGCUAAAGGACACCCAGAGAGAGUUUUCUCCGUCACCAACAUUAAGACGGUGAAGCAGAUGGAUGAGUUGGUUGAUAUGGGCGGUGAGGGCACCGCAUGGCAUGUGCGCUGGAGGAUCAAACUGACCAAUCUCUUCCAUCAGGUGUGGAGCAACUUUCUGACAGUCUUUAAUCCAGAAUACAGGAGGACCACCUACAUGAUGAUGGCUGUGUGGUUUUCCAUGUCCUUCAGCUACUACGGCUUGACUGUUUGGUUCCCUGACAUGAUCAAGUAUCUGCAGAAACAAGAGUACUCCUCACGCACAAAAGUCUUCAUCAAAGAGAAAGUGGAGCAUGUGACAUUUAACUUCACCCUAGAGAACCAGAUCCACCGGAAUGGAGAGUACUUCAACAACAAGUUCUUGAAUCUGAAGAUGAAGUCUAUGGUAUUUGAAGAUUCCCUGUUUGAGGAAUGCUACUUUGAGGACAUCACGUCAAGCAACACCUUCUUCAGGAACUGCACCUUCAUCUCCACCCUGUUCUACAACACCGACCUUUUUAAGUACAGACUCAUCAACAGCAAGCUCAUCAACAGCACCUUCCUGCAUAACAAAGAGGGCUGCAUGCUGGACUUCAGCGACGAUAACAACGCCUACAUGAUAUACUUCGUCAGUUUCCUCGGCACGCUCGCUGUCCUACCUGGGAACAUCGUGUCCGCUUUGCUUAUGGAUAAGCUCGGUCGUCUUAGGAUGUUGGCGGGUUCCAGUGUGAUAUCCUGCAUCAGCUGCUUCUUCCUGUCGUUCGGAAACAGCGAGUCGGCUAUGAUCGCAUUGCUUUGUCUCUUCGGUGGCAUCAGCAUUGCAUCGUGGAACGCUUUGGAUGUGCUCACGGUGGAGCUGUACCCCUCUGACAAGAGAACAACAGCCUUUGGGUUCUUGAAUGCCCUUUGUAAGUUAGCUGCAGUUCUGGGCAUCAGCAUCUUUCAAUCGUUUGUGGGCAUCACUAAAGCGGUGCCCAUCCUCUUCGCUUCGGGUGCUUUGGCUGUUGGAAGCUUCUUGGCUCUCAAGCUUCCUGAAACUCGUGGUCAGGUGCUCCAAUAGUCCAGCAUUCUAGCCAGCAGGUGGCGUGCUUAAAUAAGGAUUGCCCAAUUGGUGUCGCCCGUAUCCCAAACCCCGUUCGUGAGUGAGCGAUGCUGGAUGCAGCCGAAACAAUUUCCACAUUAUACAGAUCAGUUAGCGAUAUGUUCAUUCCUCCAACGUGUGCAAUUGUAUUAUAACUCAAUUUUUCGUCUCAUUUAAAUCUGUGUGUAUAAAUGUGUAUUCCCUGAAUUCUUGGGUAGGGAAUAUCAACUGAUAGUAUGUAGUGCUGGCUGCCAUGUCUUUCCAAAACGCAGAUCAGUUUAUUUAAUUUAUGAAUGAAUCCCUGACCCCAUUCCGAUGUCUUGUCUCAGAGAAAUAAUAGUGUGUGAAUGCGUCGAAAAACUGCCAUGUGAAACACAUUCCGGCUUUGCGUUCUUUAUGGUGUGGUUGUGAAAUUUAACAUGAUCACUUAACUUUACCUUUAAUCUUUUUUCAAUUCGUCGUGUGAUUUCAAAUCCAUCACUGAGGACCGGGGAUGUCAGUAAGUAGAUAUUUGAAUAGACAGUGUUGAUCUAGUGGUGAUGGUUGUUGCGUUUGCUCUAGUUGUUUGUGUCCCAAGAACUCUGUGUGUCCACAAAACAUAAAACUUGCGCGUGAUCCCGUAAUUGUCUGCAAUUUCGGCUCAAGCGCUCAAGUUUCCGUGCAAUUAUUGUUAUAGUCACAUCAUAAUAGGCAGUACAGAUGUUUUCUGUAACACUUAAUUUUGGUUUCACUCCAUCUGGAGAAUGCUCUUACUCUUUUAACAUGUCUGAUUAUUGAAGGUUGUGCAUGUACCGAAGUGUGAAAAUUCCUAAGAAUAGGCUUGAAGAUAACUGAAGGAAGCGCUCUGUCUACCCAUGAUUCUCUGUCUUUGGACAUGAUGUGAAAUAUGAGAUAAAUAGUUAUGGGGUUUUAAAGGCAAAACAUUCUUUCAGUUUCGUUAUUCUAUUUUAGAGUAGCUCUGGCUGUGUCCCCAUGAAUGUGCACUAGUGAGAGUUACACCGACCGUGACCACCGAUGUGUCCUGCAGUAAACACUCUCCUUCAAAACAUUCAUUCAACACACGCGGCUAAAAACGAAAGGAAAAAAUAAAGCACAAGGUGACUUGAUUAUACUAUCCAAACCAAUAGGUUUAUUUUGAUGAAUAUGUAAAUUAUGUAUUGAUUAUAAAUAUAUAUAAAAACGAGCUGUUAAUCAAGUUUGUCUGUUUAAAAACUCUUGAUCUAAUAAUAAAUAUACAAAUAAAUAUAUAUACAUGUAUGUAUACUGUAUAUAUAUACUUUUAAGGAAAAAUACUUUCAUGUUCAGAUGUUGAUCUAGUACCAACUUAAAGUCUUAGAUUCAUUUUGAUGUAUGUAUAUACUGUUGAAGGAUUUUUUUGUUAUUUUUUUAAUUAUCAAAGUAAAUAUGUUUUAAAAAAGUGACUGAAUAACACAGCACACACAGACACCCUCAUAAAUGUUUUCUCUCGUGUUCUUAUAAAGAAACUGAGGUAUCUGUUUGUCUGUGAGGAUGUGUGGAAGUAUGUGUGCUUGCAUGUUGAGUGUUCUCUGAAUAUUUGUAUUCAUUUAUAUAACUGUUUAUGAGCGUACGAUUUUAUAGUAUUUUUUACUUUGAGUAUCUGUAGAAACAGAUGUCGUGCAACAUGCGGGGUGAAUUUUUGCUGUAUCAUUGUUAACCUGAUGUUCGGAAUUGUUUGGUGACAUGGUAGCAGUAACUAAAUAGAGCAUCAAAAACAAGCCACAGAAAGAUACUUUAAUCGUUUUUAAAACCCUAAAUUACGUAAGCAAUUAUUUGACGAAAAACAAAAACUGUAUCUAUUAGGACAAACAGCUAAAAAACUCAAAUUCGGCUCCAUUUAACCAAGCACAAUAAUAGUUUCAUGGAGAACUAGUCUUUCUUGUCCAAGCAAAAAAAACCUUGAAAAGGAUACAACCCCACCCGGUUAAAAGCUAUUUUCCGUCUCUGAUGCUUCUGAACAAGCUACACUGCAACAGUUUUUCGGUGUCAUUCAACUUUGUUUACUGCCAUUUUGUAGGAUAGCAGCCAUAUUAUGUGCUCAGAGUAGACACACAACACAACCGGCCAUUUUAAAUAUAAAGGGACUUUUUUAAAACAACUUCAAGACGUACACACAAAUAAUAAUUCAACCGAAGUAGUUAACGCAAACUAUUUAUUUUAGGCUCAAAUGCAACUUCUGAUCAAGCGCGCUUUAAAUAGGUCAAUAGUGACCUUAUAGUUCAUUUCGUUUAGAGAAAGUGACACUUUACACAUUAUGAUGUGAAAACCAGCUUGUUUUCCUAACGUGCCACACACGUCGCAUAGUUUUAAAAAGGAACCGUCCUAGAAACUGCCAUCCCUGCCGUGACCUUUGGUCAGCGUUCCUAGAGUCACAGAUGCCGUAGUGACAAUCUUUACGUGUUCCAUGUGUGAAAAGUGUGCAUCUAUAAUUGCCAAAUAUUUUCUACUUAUUCGGUUUGUAGAUCUCACAUCGUGGCAUGAAGAAGAAUAUACCACAUAAUACAUUCACUUUUAAGUGAGUAACGUGAGCGAGCAUUAAAAGAAAUAGACACACGCAUGAAUAGCACAGAGUUUUGAGGCUCAUAGAUAUAUCUUAAUCGGGUCUAGUGUUUUACUCAAAUGGGACGCACUUAAUGCUCUUGUAAAAGUUGAGUUUCAAAACUAAAAUAUUGUUCUUGAACAAGCCCGAAAGCUGGUUAAAAUUAGUGGAUAGGCUACUUGAAAAAGACAUCAAAUGAAAAUUUGCGUUUGUCAGACACUUGUGUUUGUAUGCAACACCAGCCAUCUGUUGAUAUAAAACUCCAUUAAUGUCGCUGUCACAAUUUCCCAUUUAACUACUUUACCGUGAAACAUUUUCUCACAACAUUUUUUCUCACAUUCGGUUUCAAGUCCUGCAGUGUGUAACUGUUCAUUGUCACAUCUCAAAUGUGUCGCCGUUGUUCAUUGAAUUACAAAUGAGUGUGUAAUAAUUGCUGUUGUAUGCUGUGAACUGCUGAAUUACAGUAACUUAUCUCAGUGAAGCUAUGACUUAUCUCUAUGUAAAAGCAGUCCUGGAUUUGGUGCACUUCAUCACUUAAGAUUGUGUACUGGUUGUGAGACUUGGAUUUUGUUACAGGGUCUUUUCUAUUUCUAAACGUGUUCACUUAGCAACAAUCAAUCUUGUGUGCAAAAAGAAAUCAAAGCAAUAAGUGGUAAACAUGUAUCCUUGCUCGAGCCCCGAACUAUUGGGAUAGGAAGCACACUACAAUGGCCAUGUUCAACGAAACAGCUGAAAGAAAAAAGGCCAACAUCCGUGUACUCAGAAAUAUAGGCUACCAUAGGUCUUCUGAUGCUUUUGUCAGUUUCAGUGUAUUGCCAUAAUUUAAAUGUGACCGAGAGUUUAUCACCUUAUCAUUGUACUGUGCUGUAGAGAUUGUAGUUGUUUGUAUGUAAAAGAAUAAAUAUGUGGAACAAUAAAACAAAAAACGUAAAAAAUGUUGACGAUAUUAUAAGAGUA